CCUGCUCUCUUUCCAGCUCGGUUGGGGUCGCGUUAAAAUUUCUUUGCCCAUAUUAAUACUUGUAAUAAUAUCACGCUCGUUCAUUAUUAUUGCCAUAUUAAUUCUUCCACCCUUGGUCAUCCAUGUAACAUUAGCCCGGGAUCUCGCUAACAGAGGAAUAUCCCGCGAUCUACGGCUUCUCCGAGGCCAACGACCUCUUGUUAGGGUGCACAAGCCAAACACGGACUUAAUGCUAUAAUCUCUACUGUUUAUUUGUUCCAUUAGAAUCGCUGUCAGUGAUCAGGGUCAUAUCAUAUAAUCCAGCAGGCAUGACAGGUUCAGCCGCUGGUGAGGCAAUUUUGCCAACCCGCAUCAACUGCUUCCGUCUGGUGUUCGACCAGAAGGUGGUUACGCAGGAAAUCGCGAGCUACCCCUACGAUGGCUCCGGCACCGAGGAAGACCCGUACGUGGUCAUCUGGAUCCCCAACGAUCCUCGCAACCCGAUGAACUUUGGCACUGUGCGGAAAUGGUCGUACACGUUCCUAGUCUCGUUUAUUACGCUCACUACCGCUUUGGUCUCGUCCGCCUACUCGGGCGGCAUGGCCCAGAUCGUCGAGGAUUUCGGCUGCGAGCAAGAAGUCGCCAUCCUGGGUAUUUCCCUGUUCGUGUUGGGGUUUGCCUUCGGUCCCCUAAUUUGGGCCCCAAUGAGUGAAACCUUUGGUCGUCGGCAUAUCUUCACCAUCACGUAUUUCCUCAUGACGGCGUUCAAUGCGGGCGCGGCGGGCGCCCAGAACAUUCAGACCCUCAUCAUCCUCCGCUUCCUGGCGGGCUUCUCUGGCUCGUCGGCCUUUGGCAAUGGUGGCGGGAGUAUCAGUGAUCUCUUCCCUGCAGCUCAACGAGGCAUUGCCAUCAGUUUGUUUGCUGCGGCGCCGCUGUGUGGUCCGACUGUUGGACCGGUCAUCGGCGGAUUCCUGGGCAGCGGUGCGGGAUGGCGCUGGGUUGAAGGCUUUAUGGCUGCGUUUUCUGGCGUCGUGUGGCUUGCGGUCACCUUCUUUCUACCCGAGACAUAUGCCCCUGUUCUUCUGCGUCGAAGGGCCGCCAAAUUGUGUGAGCUGAAUGGCGGAGUUUAUCGCAGCAAGCUUGAUAUCGAGCGCGGCAGGGUCCCGUUGACCAAGACGCUCUCCACAGCUCUCUCACGGCCCUGGCAGCUCCUGUUUCGAGAGCCGAUCGUCCUCUUGUUCUGUAUCUACAUGGCUAUUAUAUACGGCACACUGUAUAUGCUGUUCGCCGCCUUCCCGAUCGUUUACCAGCAGGGCCGCGGCUGGAGCGAGGGUGUAGGCGGCUUGGCUUUCAUGGGCGUUUUGGUAGGAAUGGUCCUCGCCGUUCUCUACACCAUUCCUGACAAUCUGCACUACGCCAAACUGUGCCGACAAACCACAGGGCGUCUGGCUCCGGAGGUUCGACUUCCACCCAGUAUCGUCGGGGGCAUCGCUCUCCCGAUCGGACUAUUUUGGUUCGCCUGGACCAACUCACCCUCCAUCCACUGGAUGGCCUCGGUCGCCGCCGGUGUCCCCUUCGGAUUUGGAGAGGUUCUCGUCUUCCUCAGCGUCUUCAACUACUUGAUCGACUCGUAUACUAUCUUUGCGGCCUCUGUGUUGGCCGCCAACUCUUCCCUGCGGUCUCUCUUCGGCAUGGCCUUCCCUCUUUUCACUACCUACAUGUAUGAGAACCUCGGCAUUCACUGGGCCUCGUCGAUCCCUGCAUUCCUUGCUCUCGCUUGCGCGCCUUUCCCGCUUCUAUUCUAUUGGUAUGGGGCGGGGAUCCGCAAGAAGUGCGUUUACGCCGCCGAGUCUGAAGCAUUCAUGAAUCGUCUCGCUGAGAUGCAGAACAAGCCGGUGCGUGCGGCGCAGCCUGCCGAGGAGAAGGUUACAACGGGCCCUGGAGAGCAGGCCGGUCAGGAAGAGAGUGACGAUAGCAGCGAUAGUGAUAUGGAUAGUCUCUCGACGAUCGAGUCGGAAGGUGUCAUUGGUCGACGGGCGUCUCGCGCAUCUCGAGCGAGUAGACAGUCGGCUCGUUCGGGGCGGUCUUUGGCUCGAACGGCUACGCAGUAUGAAGAGAAUCCGUAUGAUAUUGACCGGGUAAAUACGCGGAACUCGGCGAUCAGUGGACGCAGAAAGAAAUAGAUAAGAUUUCUGCAAGGCAUGAUUGAUAGGAUCAAGGUGGAACGACAGAAAAGUACUGUAUAGAGGUGAACCAAUCACCGGCAUUGCAUAUAGCG